AUGUGGUUUUCUUCGUCUAUAAUUUACCGACAUUACUGGGGAAAAGAAAAUCUGGAGAACGCGGAUAGCGCCGAACUACCGUAG